AUGUACAUCCCGAAACACAUCCGCAUGAAGAAAGCGCUCAAAUCGACAUGGCCCGACUACGCCAUAACCGGUCGGAAACCCGAGCUCCCACUCCCCGCCUUUCCCAUCACCUCUCUCCUCGCUCUCCAACCCGUGCACACCGCCAUCCUCGACGCCCUCCUCUUCCUUUCGUCAAGGACAUAUAUGCUGUUGUCAAAAGAGCACUAUGCAAGGGCGAUACCUCUGUCUUGGCGGCAUGUCGUCCUCAAUGAGGAGCUGAUCGACGCUUUUGCCAGGGAAGAGGGGAGGAAGCGAAAUAACCUGCAGUAUACAGUGUCUAUCCGCAUAGCCAAAGUCUCACAAAUCGCAGCUUUGGAGUCGGUUCCUUCUCAUUCGUCAAAGCGGAGGAUAUUCGAACGAGUCAGGCAGGUGGAGUUGACGACGACGGCGUUCAAGGCCUUGUGGGAUAAAGGCGAGCAGGAUCAGCUCGAUCUCGGGAGUAUCGAGGAAUGCUUGGGGGAUGAUCUGGAGGAGCUUCUCCUAUGGAUCAACCGGGUGCCCAAAAAGACGUUUGCCUUGCCCCAGAAGGCGUUCGACCAGCUCCUGGGCAUCCUCCCCACUGUCGUCACGUUCGUCCUCGCCAUCCCCAACUCUCAUGCGCCGUCCUGGCCGGAUAUGCUAGAGCGGUUUCCUGCCCUGCUUCGACACUGGUACCCGUCCCAGUGCUUGCGUAUCGUAUUCAAAAUCCCAAGUCAGAUGGUUUCCUUGGUCAGAGAUGAGCUGGAGAAUGCCAUCAUCACGCAUAUCGCAUUCAGGGCGCGCGACAAGGCGGUAGGGUCUGCUGGAGUGUCCGGGUGCAGGGUGGAAUAUCACCUGGAUGGUGUCGACCGGCUGCGGGCCAAGAUGAGAGCGAUCUUUGAGAUGAGCGACUCUACCAGCAUUGGGAUGAUUGAGGAUUUUGUGGAGGAGCAGUGUGAGCUAGUAGAACUGGUGCCGCUUGCGUUUCCUUUCAGGAGGAGUGGCAUGGAGUAA